GUCCGCGCCCAGGCGCGCGCCCGCGGCCGGGUUGCAGGGCUGGGCGCGCGCCCCGCGUCCCGGGCAGGAAGAUGGUGGCGAGCGCGCGGGUGCAGAAGCUGGUGCGGCGCUACAAGCUGGCGAUCGCCACGGCGCUGGCCAUCCUGCUGCUGCAGGGCCUGGUGGUGUGGAGCUUCAGCGGCCUGGAGGAAGACGAGCCGGGCGAGAAAGGAAGGCAGAGAAAGCCGCGGCCGCUGGACCCCAGCGAGGGCUCCAAGGACACAGACAGUUCAGCUGGGCGGCGGGGCAGCGCGGGCAGAAGACAUGGGCGCUGGCGGGGUCGCGCUGAGAGCCCCGGCAUGCCCGUGGCCAAGGUGGUACGGGCCGUGACCAGCCGGCACAGAGCCAACCGCCGGGUCCCGCCAGCCCCACCCCCGGAGGCCCCAGGCCGCCAGAACCUCAGUGGGGCAGCAGCCGGGGAGGCGCUGGUCGGGGCAGCUGGCUUCCCGCCACACGGAGACACGGGGAGCGUGGAGGGCGCCUCCCAGCCCACGGACAACGGCUUCACCCCCAAGUGUGAGAUUGUGGGCAAGGACGCGCUGUCUGCCCUGGCCCGGGCCAGCUCCAAGCAGUGCCAGCAGGAGAUCGCCAACGUGGUGUGCCUGCACCAGGCUGGGAGCCUCAUGCCCAAGGCUGUGCCCCGGCACUGCCAGCUGGCUGGGAAGAUGAGCCCCGGGAUCCAGUGGGACGAAGUCCGGGCCCAGCAGCCCGUGGACGGCCCCCCGGUCCGAAUCGCCUACAUGCUGGUGGUUCACGGCCGUGCCAUCCGCCAGCUAAAGCGUCUCCUCAAGGCUGUCUACCAUGAGCAGCAUUUCUUUUACAUCCACGUAGACAAGCGUUCCAACUACCUGCACCGCGAGGUGGUAGAGCUGGCCCGGCGGUACGAUAAUGUGCGGGUGACGCCCUGGCGCAUGGUCACCAUUUGGGGCGGGGCCAGCCUGCUGAGGAUGUAUCUGCGCAGCAUGCGGGACCUGCUGGAGGUGCCCGGCUGGGCCUGGGACUUCUUCAUCAACCUCAGUGCCACCGACUACCCGACCAGGACAAACGAGGAGCUGGUGGCUUUCCUGUCUAAGAACCGGGACAAGAACUUCCUCAAGUCACAUGGCCGGGACAACUCCAGGUUCAUCAAGAAACAGGGCCUAGACCGGCUCUUCCAUGAAUGUGACUCGCACAUGUGGCGCCUGGGCGAGCGGCAGAUCCCGGCGGGCAUCGUGGUGGAUGGCGGCUCUGACUGGUUCGUGCUGACGCGCGGCUUUGUGGAGUACGUGGUGUACACGGACGACCCGCUGGUGGCCCAGUUGCGCCAGUUCUACACCUACACGCUGCUCCCUGCGGAGUCCUUCUUCCACACGGUGCUGGAGAACAGCCCAGCCUGCGAGAGCCUCGUGGACAACAACCUGCGGGUCACCAACUGGAACCGCAGGCUGGGCUGCAAGUGCCAGUACAAGCACAUCGUGGACUGGUGCGGCUGCUCCCCCAACGACUUCAAGCCACAGGACUUCCUCCGGCUGCAGCAAGUCUCCAGACCCACCUUCUUCGCCCGGAAGUUUGAGUCGACUGUGAACCAGGAGGUACUGGAAAUCCUGGACUUCCACCUGUAUGGCAGCUACCCCCCGGGCACGCCGGCCCUCAAGGCCUACUGGGAGAACACGUACGACGCGGCCGACGGCCCCAGUGGGCUCAGCGAUGUGAUGCUCACCGCUUACAACGCCUUUGUCCGCCUCAGCCUGCGCCAUGCUGCCGCCGCUGCACCCCCGCUGGCCACCCCCCUCUGCAGGUUUGAGCCCAGGGGCUUGCCGUCCAGCGUGCACCUGUAUUUCUAUGACGACCAUUUCCAGGGCUACCUGGUGACACAGCCGGUGCAACCCUCAGCCCAGGGGCCGGCAGAGACGCUUGAGAUGUGGCUGAUGCCCCAGGGGUCGCUGAAGCUGUUGGGGCGCAGUGACCAGGCCAGCCGGCUCCAGAGUUUGGAGGUCGGCACCGAGUGGGACCCCAAGGAGCGUCUUUUCCGGAACUUUGGGGGGUUGCUGGGGCCGCUGGACGAGCCUGUGGCCAUGCAGCGCUGGGCCCGGGGCCCCAACCUCACGGCCACCGUGGUGUGGAUUGACCCCACCUACGUGGUGGCCACAUCUUACGACAUCGCGGUAGACGCGGACACCGAGGUCACGCAGUACAAGCCCCCACUGAGCCGGCCCCUGCGGCCAGGGGCCUGGACUGUUCGACUGCUUCAAUUCUGGGAACCCCUGGGCGAGACCCGCUUCCUCGUGCUGCCCUUGACCUUCAACCGCAAACUACCUCUCAGGAAAGAUGACGCCAGCUGGCUGCACGCCGGGCCACCUCACAACGAGUAUAUGGAGCAGAGUUUCCAGGGCCUCAGCGGCAUCCUGAACCUGCCUCAGCCAGAGCCCGCGGAGGAGGCCGCCCGCCGGCACGCGGAGCUCACGGGCCCGGCACUUGAGGCCUGGACAGAUGGGGAGCUGAGCGGCUUCUGGUCUGUGGCCGGACUGUGUGCCAUGGGCCCCUCCACCUGCCCCUCCCUGGAGCUCUGCAGACUGACCAGCUGGAGUUCUGUUUUCCCCGACCCCAAAUCAGAGCUGGGGCCCGUCAAAGCAGACGGGCGACUCAGGUAGCAGGGCCCCAGCCAGCACCUCCGGAUGACCCCGGGGGAAAUUGCACCUUACAGACAGCGGAGGGAUGUCCCCUCCCUACAAGCAAGAACCAGAGGCCCAGGCAGCACACCCACGCCAGCCAUCACGAACCCGCGCGGGCGGCAGCGAAGGUGGGCAUCAUACUUCCUGCUAAUGGUUUUGCUGGGGACCAGAGGUUGGCAGGAGUGUGGGGAGAAGGGCUCCAGCUUCCACGCCCCACUCUUCCUCACUUUUCCUUCUAGGUUUCUUGGGUUUUUUUGUGUGUGUUUUUGUUUUUGUUUUUGUUUUUAACGGGUGGUAGGGGGAGGAACUGGAAACGAAAUUGUGCAAUAGGGCUCAGGGCAGCUCCAGGAAGUGGGCCAUGGCUCUGGGGAGCAGGGGCCUGACGAGCCCAUCUGUUGUUGUUCUGGAGGAGGCUGGGCCUGCCUCACUCUCCAGGGCGUCGUCUCCCAGCCGAGGCCUGUGGUGCUCGUGGCUGAGGCUCUACAGGGGUGCAAGUGCCAUGCCAGGCUCUGAGGCCCGGAGAACAGGUGAUUCGGGGGAGCGCUGCAGAGCUGGACUCUAGCGGACAGCCUCUCCUCUUGUAGCCAGGGGACCGUGGAAGAAGGGGUGGGGCUGGUUCCAGGGCUUUGCAGCAUGUCCUGCCCCUUGAUGGGCAACACAGGGCACCAGGGCCUGCUGAGACCAAUGCAAAGUCUCCCAGGUACCCAGAACUGCAAGCAGGGCCUGGGCUCCCGCCCGGGAGGGCGAGCCCUCACAAGCAGUGUGGGAAGAAGGCUCUGUCAGGGCUCUCAGAAGAACCUAGAACAGCAUUGUGCCUGACGCUCAGUGUGAAGUCUGAAAUAUGCAACAGAAGAAAUAUAUCUCUAUCUCUCUAAGUCGAGCCUCUGUGUUUUUCCUCCUGGGUGUCGGGAAGCCAUCACUGUCGGGCCUUGGAAACGUCUUCGCUGGUAUAUCUUGGCAGCCGUGAGAAGGUGGAGGUCCCAUUUGCCUAGAGUGGGAACGGUUUAAGAAUCCAAGAGCCAGAAGGGAUACAAGAACCCAUCUGAAGCAGCUCCCUCUUUUUCUGGGGGCUAAGCAGGCCCAGAGAGGCUUGGGAGACUUGCACAUUGCCACCCAGUAGGGCGGCACAAAAGCCAGUUCAGUUCUCAUGGGUCCUGACCCAGCGCUUCCCUGCAGAUGCUGGCUUCUUUGCCGUUGGCAUAAUGAGGGCCCAUCCCACAAGCCCUCCUCACUCUCCUGCCCAGCUCUGAGUUAUGGAGCAUCCUUGAGAAUGGAGGCAGCCCCAGCCACGCCUGAUCGUUACUGUUGGAGCUUUAGGGGCAAGAGCCACGGCCCUAAGACCUGGGAGGGCCAGGCUGGAAAGGUCUGUCCAGCCUCCCUCCUCUGCCCAAGGCUUUUCUCCCUCCAACUCUCCCUCCGUUGUCAGCAAGGGCUCCGUAUCAGCUCCUCACACCUUACUUAAUGCAGGCGCGAGGGUUUCUCAGACCUUUAAAACCGUCCUAACAUCACGCCUGGGGACAAAGGGCUCAGUUCCUGCCUAGGCGGCCUCACGCCCAGUUUUCCUAGUUGCCAGAAGAGGGCACCCCUGCCUGCCAGGAACAGCCCUGGGGUUGUGCUUGCAGUCCGCGUGCUGACCCUGCAGGUGGCGUCCUGUGGCAUCCUCCCAACCUGUGAGGCAGGAACUUUUAUUACCAGCAUGUAGCAUGUAGCACAUUAGGAAACUGGAAUGACGAGCCCACAGCUAUCAGGUGGUGGCAGCAAGCCUCACAGACGCCUGCCUCCUGCCUCCGAACCACUCACUACACCCUGCUGCUGUCCUUAGGGCGGCGAACCAGGAAGGAGCCCAUAGUAGGAUCUCCCAGGAAAUAGUGCUCGGGUUAGGGGCUAGGAUGACUUUCUUUCCGGCUGCUUUUUUUGUGAACAUCUGAAACUCCCCUCCGAUUCUCUAGAAUUUUUUUUUUUUUUCUUUUCACAUCGACUCUCAGGUCGAUAAAAAGAAAAAUUGCUAACUGGGCCCAGCCUGUUACGCACAGGCAGUAAGGGUCAGAACAUGAGACUCUGCUGGCUGAGGACUUGCCGUCCAGCGGGCAGGUUUCACCCGGGCUGUGCUGCUGUUAGGCUUAGUGCAACAGUUUCCAAAGUCUUGUCUCUUUAACUUGGGGGGGCGUGAGCGCCAUCUUGGCCCCUGCCACACUCACCCCAUCACACCAGGCCCUCUGUUACUUAUUACUCUGGACUGUCCCCGGGUGUGGGCGUUCUGAGUUUGCACUUUUAGCCUAGUGGCCUGGCAUCCUGACUGAGGGUUCAGAGUUCAUUGGUGUGAGGAGGGAACCCAGGGAAAGUAUGGGCUCAAAGCUCCCCCAGGAGAUUGUUUAUUUUGAGAGAGAGCGCGAGAGACUGUGCCUGUGUGCACAGGCGGGGGAAGGUCAGAGAGGAGGAGAGACAGAAUCCCAAGCAGGCUCCACACCUUCAGAGCAGAGACCGAUGCAGAGACCAAUGCGGGGCUCAAACUCAUGAACCCUAAGAUCCCGACCUGAGCAGUCGCCCCUCCCCCCAGGAGACUCUAAUGUGCAGGCCAGCUCCACCCGCACUGCUCUGGCGGGCCUGCUUUGGCCUCCUGAGCUGGAAGCAUUGCAGGACCUGGGCUGGUUCAGAAGGCAGCUCUCCUCUCCUGUCCUCUCUGCUGUGCAAACCACUGAGGCAAGAGUGAGUGCAGCUUCUCCGCCGUGUUCCUCACCCCCAUCUGUCUGUAGGGUGAGCUCAACCUGGAGGCUUGGGCUUUUUGAGGCU